GUCCCGGCUGGCCGAUUUCCACACCAACUGCCAAGCAUCCUUCCAGUCCCUGACCAGCUGCCCCGGGGACAACUACCAGGCGUGCCUGGGCUCCUACGCGGGGCUCAUCGGCUUCGACAUGACGCCCAACUACGUCGACGCCAGCACCACCAGCAUCACCAUCUCGCCCUGGUGCUCUUGCAAAGGCAGCGGCAACCUGGAGGAGGAGUGUGAGAAGUUCCUCCGAGACUUCACGGAAAACCCCUGUCUCCGUAAGGCGCUUCCCCGUCUCGGCAACGGCACCGAUGUGAACCUUUCCCCCAAGAACCCCUCGCCCCCUGUCACCCUGCAACCGAAGGCAGAGAAGAGCCCUGCCUUGCCAGAUGACAUCAACGACAGCAACACCAUGUACGACACGAGCGUCAUCACCACCUGCACCUCCAUCCAGGAGCACGGAUCGAAGCUAAACAAGUCCAAAGAGCAGAGCCUGUGCUACUCAGAGGUA